AUGCUGCACUACAGUCCAGUGUUUUGCGCCGGGACGAUUCAGUUGGUACUGAGGACGGUGGGCCUCCUGUCGAUCAAGCAAGGCGAAUACGAGGAACAAAGUGACUGCCGUGACCGGCGACGAGGAAAGAUUAGAAGGGGCGUCCCGAAGGCCGACCCAGGAAAGAAUCCGAAUGUGGUGGCAGACAGUAUCGGGAUUCACGGCACACCAGGGAGGGUCGCUGAGUCCGGGUCGACAACUGCAGCAAUGACGGAUCCAAAAGGGGGCAUCGGCGAUAACCCAGCUGCUGCCGACUCAGGCGGUGAGGCGAUAUUGAGACAAAUGCGUGUGGCUGUUGAGGGUGAACCGCGGUUCCGUGGAUGGGGAUGCAGCGCACUGUGUAACUGUGUGUUUAGGUGA